AUGUCGGUGUCACCCAGGAGGAAGCGGCCACGAGUCGCCAGCGACUCAGAAACUCCGAUACAAGAUACGUCGGCGCCCAAUGUUGAAUUCUCACCGAAUUCGGCGCGUGAUGGUAGUCAUUCCCGUGAAGAUUCGGAGCCAGAAAGGAGUGUCGUGACCAUCGAGGAAAGCGUUGGCAUUGAAGCGGCUAAGAUUCCGCCGAGGGCGACCCCACUGAAGAAUGUUCACGUUCAUGAUGGAGGGGUAGUGGCUUCAGUGAACAGCAUCCCUGCGGAGGUGGAGUGGUUGAAUAUCAAGGAGGGACUUGAAGAGAAGUUAGGGAACUUGCCUAGCCAAGUGGAAGGGAAUGCUGUGACUUUCGCCACAAAGGUUAACCCCUCCAGCCGGUCCUGUUGCGUGCUUUUGAAGCCCUUCGACGUCGACGAGGAGUUUUUUCGGCAUAUGAAAUUCGAGGUCCACGUCAAGUCAUGCUCGACUGAUCCCAUAUCCUCGGCACAGGGUACUGAGCCCGUGGACGAAGGUGAUGACGCUCCGUUGCAAUCAAGUGAUGAUACGAGAGUGUUGUUGACCUAUGAGCUACAGACAGUACCACUAUAUGGUAUUGAUCUGCAAGAGGCUUUGGGAAGACUCCCCGCCCACGUACUCCGAAAACGCGAGUCUCGUGCGAAAGCGCAGCGCCUGAAGCGGAGUCAGCAGUCUGCAGUGCUGACUGGCAGCACUGGUACUCCUAGUAAGGCUAGUCGACGCAUUCGGAUCAGCUAG